UUAGAGGUGACAUUGCAUAGAAUAAUUCAAAAAGAGCAAGGUCGGAGCCAACCAAUUGAAUUGAAGAAGAAAAGGACCCACCAAUCAACGUUUUUGUCGUUUUCCAUUGAUGCUCCGGCACCACAGUAAAUGCUCCCUCUGUCUCAAUACUCAUCGCUACAACAUGCAAUAAAAAAUUCCGUCCCAUAAGAUCCUCUAACCCAUCGUUUCGUCCUCCUACUUACCCUUUUUCUCUUCUUCGCGAUACCAUUCCCACCCUCUUAAGCCAAACUUUUCCUCUCCUCUUUUCUUCAUUCAUAUUCUUCGCUACGUUAUCGAAAACAGAAUUAAUCAUGCGGAUCCAGUGGUGGCUAAACACAUGCUCCUCGGCCAACUGCGCCACCGCCACCCACCAUUCAACAAUCUCACUCCCCAAACAAAAAGAACAUGCAUGUGAUGAUUCCAUCAGCUACUCCUCCAUUUCCGAAGCACCUGCAUCUUCCACAACCUCCAACAACAGCACUUCCUCUCUCGAAAGCAACCUCUCCAUACAAACCCUCCCAUCCGUUCCAUCUCUCCAAAGCCUCUCUCCACAAAACUUCACCUUCUCCGUCUCCCACCAUUGCGUCACCACCCUCGAGCCACACCUUUCUCGCCCCGUCACCUCCCUCGCUGUCAACAACAACCUCCUCUACGCCGCAACCGACCACGAAAUCAACGUCUACGACCGCCACACCUGCACCACCAUCCACGCCUUCAACACCCAGCCCACCUCCACCUCCAACUCCACCAAAACCAUCGCCUUCUCCAACAACAACACCGUCAUCACCACCCACCAAGACUGCAAGAUCCGCGUGUGGCAAAACCACAAGAAUAUUCACCACCGCAUGUUAGCCACUCUCCCCACCGUCAACGACCGUCUCCACCGUUUCCUCCUCCCGAAGAACUACGUCGCAAUCCGUCGUCACGAGAAACGGCUCUGGAUUGAGCAUGCGGACGCCGUUACGGGACUCGCCGUUAGUAACGGUGCUAUAUACUCCGUUUCGUGGGACAGGACUCUCAAGAUAUGGCGGUUAUCUGAUUUUCGCUGCGUGGAGUCGUUGAAGGCGCACGAGGACGCGGUCAACGCGGUGGCAGUGUCCAACGAUGGGACCGUCUACACAGGAUCCGCGGACAAGCGCAUACGCGUGUGGGCGAGGCCCGCGGGAGAGAAGCGGCACGUGCUGGUUGCCACGUUGGAGAAGCACAAGUCCGCGGUGAAUGCUUUGGCGUUAAACGACGACGCUUCGGUGCUGUUUUCGGGUGCGUGUGACCGUUCAAUAUUGGUGUGGGAGAGGGAGGACAGUGCGAACCAUAUGGUGGUGAGUGGAGCUCUGAGGGGGCACCAGAAGGCGAUACUGUGUUUGGUCAACGUCUCUGAUUUGCUUUUCAGUGGAUCCGCUGAUCGUACGGUUAGGAUUUGGAAGCGCGCUUAUGAUGGACGGUAUGGAUGCCUUGCUGUCCUCGACGGUCACCGGAAACCGGUUAAAUCCUUGGCGGCGAUUCCGGAGGAGUAUGAUCAAACUUCACCUAAAUGUAGCGUCUCGGUUUUCAGUGGCUCUCUUGAUGGAGAGAUCAAGGUUUGGCAGGUUUCUAUCACGAGUCAGUAAAGAAUCGUGAUCGAGAAUUUAAUUCCUAGAAAAUUGAUGGUAAACUAAAAGGGAAAAAGUAGAAUGAAAAUAUGUACUAUACAAAGAUGAUAUUUUUGUCAUGAUUUUCGUGUGGCACUAUGCCAGCUAUAAAAACACAAUCCAAUUUUCUUAUAAUA